AAAACAAAAGGAAUUGCAUGAGUGUAUCUCCUCCCAUCUGAACUUUGGAAACUCUCUGCCGCGGUUAAGCGUUCUCAACAUGUGCAGUCACUUUUCCUGUCCUUCACCACGUCUGCCUCUCAAACUCCGCUCCCCAGACUCUGUGUUACAAGAGCGAUGCUGCUGUAUUGGAUAACAUUAGGCCUGUCCCUCACGUGGCCAGGCACAACCAGCUUCACGCUCCACAGCACGAAGGAAGGCCUGUGUCUAGAGGACUCGUCUGAAGGAGUUGUUGAGCUGAGGGCGUGCAGUCUGGACUCUGUCCUGCAGCAGUGGACGUGGACGGACCGCUGGUUCCUGGUAAACGCAGGCACCCGGAGGUGUCUCUCUGCCGUCCACACCGGGCCUGUCCGGACGGGCGCGUGUGAUUCUGGGGAACACAUCAAAUGGCAGUGCGAAGCUCAACAGCUCAUCGGCCUGCAGAACUCUCUGGCACUGAGCACAGAGAGAGGAAAACUCAGGCUGAGCGCCGGCGGACACGACGCCUGGGAGUCUCUGGACGCGGGCAACAUCUGCCACGAUAAACUGAGAUCCAGAAGAGAAAGUGAUUCAGAGGACGAUGAGUUUGACUUCGCUGAAGGGCCGCCUAAACCGAGAAUGACAGAGGCGGAGAUGAAGUUUUUACAGUGGUAUUACCGCACAGAGGAGCAGACAUCGUGGAAGUUUGGCAUGCUGGCGUUUGCUUUUCUGGGUCUUCUGAUGGGUGCCAUGCUGUUGGUCAUAGGCAUGAUGGCUAAUAGGAAUAGGAAGCAAAUAGCCAAAUACAAAGCGGCUUCGAAAUUCACAGAAGCGAAACCCGAAACAGAGAAACUGCAGGUCAUUGUCCCCGAUGAGGUCGCAGAGGUCAAGGAGGAGAAAAGCCAUUUCACCCCAUCUGAACACAUCUCCACCAACAACAGCCACAGGGGCUGGGAAGAGCCUUCAUACGACAGCGCGGCCUCAGAGGGACUGAAGCCCGGAGAAAUUGUGGUGACCUGGAAGGACGGGAACGUGUCUACUCUGUAUCCUGAACCUGCCGAGGAAGGACAAGCGGAAGAGGACGUCCACAACACAGAUGAAGAGACGCUGUCCCAAAUCCCCCAAGUAAUAGCUUCGUCUGAGGCGAUUGCGUUUUAAUUUAGUCCUACUGUUCGUUUGUUUCGAUGGAAAUUUCUUUUACAUUUGCAUUGGCAGCCCAGAGUUCUUUCUUAAAUGUUUUGGAAGAAAUUAUAUAACAAACAGUUACUAAUGCUGAUAAUAUUAAUGUUUUGCUGUAUUUUGAUCAAAUAAAUGUUCUCUUGGUGACAUUAAACAUUUUUUUUAUAAUAACUUUUGGCUGCCAUUAUUAUUACACAUGGUUUUACUAGCCCUAUAUAUAUAUAUAUAUAUAUAUAUAUAUAUAUAUAUA